CUAAGGACUCGUCUUACAACAUACAAUCUCCAUCGUCCCUCUUCAGCUUAAGCGCUUUUCUCGCCGACAACGUGAUUUUCGAAAUUUUUUAAAAGAAGACAAAUGGUGGCUGAUCAAUUGACAGAAGAACAAAUUGCCGAAUUCAAGGAAGCUUUCUCGCUUUUCGAUAAGGAUGGUGAUGGUACCAUUACAACAAAGGAGUUGGGCACCGUGAUGAGGUCACUGGGGCAGAACCCAACAGAAGCUGAACUUCAGGACAUGAUCAAUGAAGUUGAUGCUGAUGGUAAUGGUACAAUCGACUUCCCUGAAUUCUUGACGAUGAUGGCUCGCAAGAUGAAGGACACUGAUUCGGAGGAGGAAAUUCGUGAAGCAUUUAGAGUUUUUGAUAAGGACGGCAAUGGAUUCAUAUCGGCCGCCGAGUUGCGACAUGUCAUGACGAACCUCGGAGAGAAGCUGACAGACGAGGAAGUAGAUGAGAUGAUCAGAGAGGCUGAUAUUGAUGGUGAUGGCCAAGUUAACUAUGAAGAGUUUGUCACGAUGAUGAUGAGUAAGUAGACUUAACUGGCAUUCGAAGGAUACCUGUACACUUGUUUGUAUUUGUCUCUCUGUGUGCGUGUACGCGCGCGCGUGUGUGUGUACGUGUACUUGUCUUGAUGCGCAUUGAGAGAGUGCGUGUAUAAACUCUGUUCAUUCGUUUGCAUGUUUGUUCAUUUGUUUGUUCAUCAUUCGGCAUAUUGUUCUCUGCUGUGGAUUGUUCAAGAUUAUAAUAACUAAUUAAUAUUCAUAACUAAUUAAUAUUCAUAACUAAUUAUAAUAAUUUAAUACUGUUUAAGCAAAUUUUUUUUACUGAAAACUGAUAUAAGUAAUAAUAAUUGGUGAUAAUGAUGACGAUUGGUAUGAGAUACAUGAUAGUAAAACAAAUUGGACCUGGUGUUAUAUAAUUUUUUUUUAUCAUUUCUCUUUGAUGAUCUAGAUAAUUAGUUAGCCGUUUUGUAUGGGUGAUUAAUUGAUUGAUUGAUUAAUUGAUUGAUUGAUUAAUUGAUUGAUUGAAUAAUUGAUUGAUUAAUUAAUUAAUUGGAUCACCAAAUGGUAACAUCAUUUCUAGCCAUUAUAUAUUAUGUACUGCUAUUCUAGUAGAUACUAAUACAUACAUACAUGCAUUCAUUCAUAUACAUAUAUUUUUUCCUAUAUAUAUAUAUAUAUAUAUAUAUAUAUUUAUAUCUAAAUAUGAUUUGUAUAUUUUCACAUUUUUUAAAUACUACUGAUGG